CCUCCCGCCCCUCUCCUCCCUCCCCUCCCUGGAGUUUUAGAACCGAAAACCGUCGAGAUUAGUGAGCAGCCGCGGUCGGCAGAGGCGAAAGGCUGGACACGGCCGUAUCCGAGCCGUGCCUGGUUCGUCGUUCACAUGCCAUCUGGACGAGCUGGUUUGUAACUGUUUGUGUCAUUAGACAUCUUUCUCAUCUCGCCUGCUUGUUAGCUCGGGGAUUAUUAUUCAGCCUUUCAGAGAGGGAGAGAGGGAGUCUUUUUAAAGGAGAGGAGAGGCUCGGUGGGGUCAUUUUUAUAACAUCGCCGGAGUGGUUUAGUCAGUCCAAGCGGAGGGCCGAUGCAAGAGAUUGGGGCACUUCACGUCAGCUGUGGCCGUGGGAUCAUUCACAAGAGCCCGCCUCGACAUGUUUUAACAACCGGCAGUGGAGCGGUGCGAGACGGGCUCCGCGGAGACUCCGCUGCGCAGAGGAGGUGGAGGUGCACAUCACUGUAUUUCAAGGAAGACUCUCACCUGGAGGACUCAGCUACCAUUGAGGCAUGUUGUGUUAAAGAAACACCUAUGCAGGUGGAUCCUACACUAAUGAAUGUAGGGGAUGGAGGCACGGUGAGCAGAGAGAUCAGUGCUCCAAAUAAAGCGUCUGCUAGUAUGGUGGGAAAUCCCCCCCAGACGCUCCCCCUUGAGUUUCGAGGAGAUGUUACCCUCAGUCAGCAAAACAAGACCACUCCAACUACAGACUGUAAGACAGCACAAGCCUGUCUGGACACUAGCAAUUACAACCACAGCCCUGAGCUUUCUCCACCUCAACAGCCCAACAAUGUACCAACGUCCGGCUCAGCUCUCACAAGCUCAGAGAAGAGAGCAGACAAAAGGCCAGAGGCUCCUAAAGUCAAGGCUGAUGGAGCUGCGGUCUUCCCCGCGCCUCAGUGGUCAAGUGGCAUCAAAGUCAGCCGGGAGGACUCACUAAACCCCUGUCACAGCAACAUGACAACUACUAAGAAAUCACUUUCACAAACACAAUCUGUGCAAAGUGUCCCGCCUGGGUUUCAGUGCUCAGCCAUGUUCAAGCCAGUCCAGCCUGUUGCCUUCCUUCCUUCCACCAAUUUUUCCUCCCCACUUUGUAAAAUUACUCUUCCACCAGCAUUAGGUCAGAUUACAGUGUUGAGAGAAGCCACAGCCAGUCAGUUUCAGAAAGAAAUCCAGCCUCAAAGCUCAGGUGUCGGAGGAACACCUCUCAUGCGGACCUAUCCCUACUCGUUCUCUGUGGGCCGGACUCCGGCUGCAGAGAAGAAAGCAGGAACAUCGAUGGCAAAACUAAAAGCCAACCAUUCAUCCACUAAGAAUACCAAAUCUAUGGUAGAGCAUAAGUCUUUAGCGUCAGUGGUAGCAUCACCAGCCAUUGCCCUACCGCUGCAGCACCCGUCAUUAACGUCUGCUGCACCCACCUGCUACACACUGUCGCCCACGGCUGCCAUUUGCUGUGGCUCUGCACUGGCCAGCAUCACCUCUCAGAGCAGACUGCUGAACCAUGUAGAGAAAGGAAACGGCAUAGACAAGACCGCCAUGGGUUCCCUUAAAACAUCCCCCUCUGCUUCAGAGGAUGGUACUUGUUGCUCAGCUGAACCAAGAGAUGUUCCUCUCGAUUUGUCUGCUAAAUCAAAACGUCCAAAAUGCCUAAAUGACCCUUCAGUUACGAUUGAGCCUCACAAUAAUGAGUCAAAUCAGAGAGAUUUUCUUAACUCAAAGAGGACUCACUCCACCACUUACAGCCCAGCUGUGCAAUACCCUAUCUUACCCAACACCCAUCGAAAUGGAUCCCACCAAAAGCAAAUAAAAAGGCCUCAGAACCACCAGAUCCCAGAGCCCAAACCAACUUGGGGUAAGGGAUCAUCACAAGACAUCAAAAACAUCCCUGGAACUUAUGUAGGCGUGGCGAGCCCCAUUCUGGCUUCAACUCUACGGGGCAAAGAUGGGAAAGGUGCUUUUGUGGAUGAAUUCCAGAGUUUUGCAAAGCAGGAGUUUAUAUCUAUAAUCGACCAAGGAGAACAUCUGGCCUCAGGAGGAAAGAAGCCAUCCUGUCUGAUGAAGGGCAAUCAACAUGCCCAUAGUGUCAAACCGGUUAAAAACAACAGCACAGCCAUAACCAAGAACAGUCCCUCUAAAGGAGCUCUAUCAUCAGCCUUGACAGCCUCUGCCAAUGCACAGAUCCAUCAGGUAUCUGGACCAGGCAAAACAGCAGUGCUGUACUCCAACACGGUUGUGAAUCCAGCAUGGCAACAGCCGUCACAUCCUCCUCAUCAAACCCCGUCUGCUCAGAGGAAAAUCUCACAAGGAUCCCCAAAGACUAAAGGAACCACAGUUACAGAGGGAUCGAAGUUUCAGAGUUCCCAUCAGAGCCCGUCCAAACCCGAGGACGAUAAGUGGGAGAGAUUGAAGUCUCCUUUGUCGAACCUUGCGUCCAUUGUAAAGCAGCAGGCCUUUGAAACACACGCAGUAACAGGCGAAGGAAGUCCUCAAACCUCACCUGUUAGGUCUAGAAAAGCCAAUCUUCUAAGUCCACUGACUGGCAGCAAAGAAACCUCAUUUAAACACACUUCCUCUUUUGAAUACCGAUCACACUGGUCUAAUGAAAAAUGGGCUGAUGUUUCAUCAAAAGAUUCAACUCAAGCUUUGAAGAAACAUGAGACCGAGCCUGUGGAGAAUAACGCAGAGUUAAACACCACUGACGGAGAACACAAGGGACUGAAAGCGAAGCAGAGCUCCUCAAAGCCUGCUGGCCAGUCUCAUCUCUUUGGGAGCAAUGCAUCAACAAAUGGGAACAGGAUGGAGAGCAAGCUCGCCCAGGUGUUGGAGGGGGAGAUAUCCAAGAAAGAAAGUGGGGCAUCAGAAAUUCCUCCCCGUGAAAAAUUGGGAGGCAUGGUCGCGUCUAUUCUUGCAGGCCAACGCGAGGGGGGAGGCGACAAGUUUGAUAAGAAAACAAACGGAACCAAAGAGGAGUCGCCAACCAAAGCUAAAGCCGCUGCCAUCAAACAAAAGAAAAGCAGCCCCAAGAAGCCAGCAAAGGAGAAGCCACCGACAGGACCAUCAAAGAAGACUCCAGGAAAGAAAAAGCAAGCUACAGAAAACACUCCAACAAAAGUGUCUCCCCAAAAGAAGAAGAAACAGUGUGCACCUGCGCUGGAGAGGAGUCUUUCAGCGGGAAAACUUUCUCCUCAGAGUAAAGAAGCGACUCCGAGGGACAAGAUCAGUCCCAGCAAGCUGGACCAAUCAGCCGGCAAGAAACCAGUUCCAGAUAGAAGCAGUCCUCAGAGUGUUGUGACUCCGGCAUCUCCAAACAACUCUGCCGUAUCCGGCAAGGGGACCGACAAAACAGAGAGUUCCUUCCCCAGACUGAGGAGAGGACGGCGGCGGGCAGAUGAGGCUCGACUCGACCUCUGGGGCUUUGCAACGCCCUCUCCUCCGCCCCCAUCAAUGCCCCCUCCUGCAGCUACCCUGUCACCCCCUCAGAGUCCCGCCCAACCAGUGCGACGUCCAAGAGGGAGGCCUCGCUCGCACCCUCUGCCAGAGCGAGGGUCUCAGGGCAAGGGAAAGGCAGGCAGCGCGGAGGGUGAGACACCAGCUCCUAAGAAACGCAGACGAUGCCGCAGUAAAAAGUACCAGACUGGAGAUUACAUCACAGAGAAAGACAAGUUGGAGGACGGAGAGCACCAUGAAGAGUCCGACCCCUCAAGGAAGGACAGUGGAAUCCCAGCAGAUCCCCAGGCACAUCAGUGUCCGAGUCCCAAUGCCUCCAGCCCAGAGCCUCCCUCACGGAGACCCUCGUUCACUCGCUCGGGGUCAAUUCGCUAUCAGGACGGUGAUCUGUCUCCAGAGUGCAACAACAAGCCGUCAGGGAAGAGAAAGUUCAAAAGCAAGCACUUAUGUGACACUGAUGAGCAAAGGGUGAAGACCAAACGCAGCUGUUUGGGGAAGCGUGCUGCCUCAAUCCCUCUGGAUGAUGAUGGUGCGGAUGUUAAAAGAACAGACAGCCCUCCACCUGCUCCAAAAAGUGUUCCAUCGUCUCCACCCAACAAGAAAGUCUCAUCUGGUAAAAGCAACAAUAUAGAGUCUCCACCAAAAAGGCCCGUUCCACCCGAGGUCCGCCGACUGAUCGUCAAUAAAAAUGCUGGGGAGACCCUGCUGCAGCGUGCUGCACGCCUGGGCUAUCAGGAUGUAGUUCAGUACUGUCUUGAGAAAGACAUCCGGGAGGUCAAUCGGCGUGAUAAUGCUGGUUACACAGCUCUUCAUGAGGCGUCCUCUCGAGGCUGGACGCAGAUUGUCCAGAUGUUGCUGAAAUACGGGGCUGACGUCAACUGCAGCGCUCAGGAUGGAACACGGCCCCUUCAUGAUGCUGUGGCGAGCGAUAACCUCCCGAUAGUCUGGCUACUGCUGAACCACGGUGCAGACCCGACCCUGGCCACUUACUCUGGACACACUCCGGUGAAACUGGCACACAGCCCUAGCAUGAAGACCUUCCUCACAGAGUAUUUCACAGACCUGGAAGGCCGGAAGGAUCCAGAUCCUAGUUUGCCCUGGGAUUUCUACAGCAGCUCUCUGUUUGAAACGGAUCAGGAGCCAUGCUGGGAUUUCUUGCUGUCGGAGCAGAAUCAGGAUCUGGAGGAGGACAGGACGGGGAAGACUGAGCCGGACUCUGACAAAGACUGCCUCCUGUUUGAGUUCUCCGCUGAGCCUCUCUUACCCUGUUAUCACGUUCAGGUGUCUUUAACACAGGGGUUCUGCAACUGGUUCCUCCUGACCGAUGUCCUCAAGCGUCUGAAGAUGUCGGAGCGGAUCUUUCGGGCGCGCUACCCUCACCUGGAGGUGGUAAACCUGUCCCGCUCCGAGCUCUGGAAGCAGGUGUCAGUCAGCCAGGUGAGCUGCCCUUUGGCUUCACCCAACAGAGGCAAGAAAAAGGCUGAGACAGACGAGGAAGAGGAGGAGGAGGAGGAGGGACUUGUGGAUCUGGUGCGAUGUGUGCCAGAGCUCCAGAGACUACUGGGCUCUUCCAUUCACAUCCUACAGGAGGAGGAAGAGGAGGAGGAGGAAGAGGAGGAAGAGGAAACACUGAUGAACACAGGGAAGCCUCGCAGUCGAUAGCCUCUCUUUCAAGUGUCGCCUUUUUGCCCCCUGAGUCCUUCCCUGCAGGCAACAGCUGAAAGGAAACCUCUCCGUCCGCUGUAACAAAGGUUUUAACUCCAGCAAUGACUUGAUGCUCCACUUUAACCUUUGACCUCAGACAGAAGGUGAUCACAUGAUCACACAGACCUGCACACGGGAGGUGUCGGUGCUGGAAAGCAGCUUUCAGGUUCCUAUCUCUAGGUUUAUUUGAAUACAGGAGAGCAAACCUUUUUUAUGGAUUAUGUCUGUACAUGGUAGUGUAUAUGUAUAUCUUGCCAUCAGGGUUAACACAUUUGGUUCUAUAAAUGUAUUCUUGUGGCAAAUGAUGGAUUACGUUUCAGAGUUUUUGUUUUGUUUUUUCGAGGGAGAGCUAUACAUUUUUUUUUUUCCAAUGGGAGAAAAUCCGAGGCUUUUAUCUCGGGGAACUCUUGCGUGAAGCUUAAGUCAGGGAGGCCGCGGUGCCCGGAUGAUUUCUCCAUCAGCCUGGGAGACGUGGAGACCUGCAGAGAGGAGAUCACGGCACAUAAUCUUCACACAGAAUCACUCGCCCAGCUCAGAGACUUAUUUACAUUUUCUCAUCAUUUAUUGGUUGGACCUCAGACUUUCUGUUUAUUCAUUCUCACACUCAUUUCACAAAGUAAGACCAGGCAGCAGCGCGCUGUCAGAGUUCCUCCUCGCAGAAUGAAAUCCUGUUUUUUUUUUCGGACCUUGAUAUCGAGAGAUUGUUUACGAGAUUGGAUGGAUUGUAGAGGUCUCCGUUUCCCAGGAUGCACUACUCCUGAACUGAUACAGAAUCCUGUGGAUCUCUCUCAGAGGAAAAGUAAUCCGAUCCUGCGUCUGAGGAGCUCAGACUCCCUCCAAUCUGCAGCCACGACUCUCCCCUCUUUGCGUCCCGAUAUGGUGUUUCCAGAUCCCAGAGUGCUUUGUGUUGCAGUGUUUUAUUUACACUGUUUGUUGUGCUUAAUUUAAUAGUCAUUAAUAUAUUUGACCUCUUGUGUAUCUGACAAGCCUAUCUAUGAAAAGAAAACGCUUUGUAUGGUUGGUGCUUCAUUUUGAAAAUGUACUUAGGAUCCCUUUAUUCUCAGAUUUUACUCCCUCAUUCAAAAACAAACAGUAUUUCAAAACAGCUAAAGUACAGUUUUAUUGUACUGGUGCUAAGUCCGAUUUUUGUGUUGACAAUCAAUGAUGUUUUGGUUUGAAGUCACAAACUAAUAAAAGAUAUUUAAGAUGAAGAGACUAAAGGUGUAAAGAGAAGUAUAGUUUAGUUAAAGAAAACGGGAUACAGCAGAACUGAGAGACUGAGCAGUGUGUGAGGUCCUGAAGAGACUUUUAUUUGAUUCUUUUAUAAGAAAUCAACAAGAAUAAAGCAUGAUUGUGGAUCAUA